UCUCUCUCUCUCUCUCUCUCUUCAACCUCCUAGCUAGCUAGCUCUCUCCUGGCGCCCGAUCCAAAUUGAAGAGGAAAAAGUUUUCUAAACAUGGAAGGCUUGAUUUUAUUUAUUGGGGUCAUAGGCAACAUCAUCUCAGUGCUAAUGUUCCUUGCUCCUGUCGGAACGUUCUGGAGAAUUGUAAAGCACCGAUCGACGGAGGACUUCGAGAGUCUGCCUUAUGUUUGCACAUUCCUCAACUCCUUCUUGUGGACUUACUAUGGAAUUAUAAGGCCCAACGGAGGAUUUCUUGUGGCCACUGUCAAUGGUUUUGGUGUCGUUGUUGAGAUUAUCUACCUUAUUUUGUUUCUAGUAUAUGCCCCAGCAAAGAUGAGGGCAAAGACGGCCAUCUUGAUUGGAACCUUGGAUGUGGGUUUCCUAGCAGCGGCCAUUUUAGCUACCUGGCUGGCAUUGCAGGGAAAGACACGUAUUGCUGCACUAGGGUUCAUUUGUGCAGGCUUAAACAUCUUGAUGUACGGCUCGCCGCUAGUUGCCAUGAAAACAGUGAUAACAACUAAGAGUGUGGAGUACAUGCCAUUCUUCCUCUCAUUUUUCUUUUUCCUCAACGGAGGGGUAUGGACUCUCUAUGCUUGGCUCAUACGAGAUGUUUUCCUUGGGGUACCAAACGGGAUUGGGUUUCUUCUUGGAACAACGCAGCUAGUGCUGUAUGCGAUUUACAGAAAUGCCAAACCGGCCGAUAAUAUUUCAAGUGGGCUGCUGGAAGAAGGAAGGCAACAUGAACCUCUUAUCUCACCUUCUUCUGCUACUCUAUCACACCAAAAAAAUGGAGAAAUAUUGGAGACCACUUAAUUAGCUAGCUACACCCAACACCUCUAGUGUUCUUAAAUCGUCUGUUUUUAUGGCUCUUUUUUUUUUUUCUUCUUCUUUUUUCCUUCCUGUGCAAGUGUGUUUGGGGAGUCAAUGCAUUAGGUGUAUAGGUUAGGUGCAUGUGAUAAAACAGAAAAGAAAAAAGAAAAUGAGGGAGAGAGAGCGAGCAUUAUUUUGUAAGGCCUGUAUACGUACUGGUAUGGUAUGCAUAAAUGUUUGUUCAUCUUCUUAGGGGGAGGCCCCUUGCUUGCCAAUGCCAUGAUCUAAUGAGUAGGCUACGUACUGGGCUCACUUACGGCCUGCUCUUAUUCCCAUCUCUUUAGUAUUGGGUUUAUACUAAGAACUCCACCCAAUUUCCCCUUAUUUAUUUAAUUUUAUUUUUGGUAUGUGAUAUUAGAGGACGGAGAAUUGAAUAUGAACUGAAUUCAAAGGUAAA